GUGCCGGAGGAUCGAGUGGAGCGGUACGCGGAGAUAAGCAGCUGUGCUUAUUGGAUUUCUCUUUUAUUUUAGGUCCUUGCUUUUAUUUUUUCGCGUUGCUUCUCCAAGGUGUACUGCACAUUCUCAUCCUGGAAUGUCCUUUCCCGUCUUCCUUCUUUCCUCCCUCUGGCUUGAAAUAGGCGAUGCCUUGUUCCAGAAUCUAUGCUCUCUCAGUUCCUUUCCGAUGGUUGUUCUGAAAAUUUAAAUGCAGUUUUACAAAGAGACUGACAUCAUCCGGAGGGCUGUCUUAGAACUAAAAGCAUAAAAAAAAAAAAGCGGAGGAAGGGAUCGGUUUUAAAAAUUUGCAUUUUAUUUUAUUCUUUCCAACUCUAAUUGCUGCGGACGGAGGGGCUGGGUCAUUUCAGCUUGGAACCUGACCGUUUCACAACCUCAUAUAGCUUUUAUCUGUUGGAAAUCUACGCGGCGUGGAUACUGAACCCAAGCAGGUUGAUUUUUAAGCUAACACAUUUUAUUCUUAUUGCUGGGGCUGUGUUAGCCUUGGGUAUGGGAGUUGCAAGGCAGAGAGAACAUUUUACAGAAAUGAGUGGAUUUACAGUUUUUUGUGUUCUUGUGCUCCCUGAAGAAUUGUAGGAUUUUUAAAAUACAAAAUUACAUUCCACAAUGUUGCUGUGAAUAUUAAACUUGCAGAAUAUUUAAAAUAUAUUCCUUGAAAAGAACAGUUUUUGUCUCAUCUCCUUCCAAAGGAGUAGAAAUAGAAUAUAAAUAUGUCAAAAAAUUCUGUGGAAGGGUCAAAGGAAGACCUGAGCAAAAUGACAGAAGAUGAUCUGUUGAGAUGGAACAAGGAAGAAUUGGUGAAAAGGUUGAAGAAAGUGGAGAAUGAAAAAAUGAACUUGAUGGUGGAGCACAGCAACUUGAUGAAAGAUGUGAACAGAAGACUCCAAGUUCACCUGCAUGAGAUCAGGGGUUUGAAAGAAGUUAAUCAGAAGCUUCAGGAUGAUAACCAGGAACUGAGGGAGCUCUGCUGUUUCUUGGAUGAUGACAGGCAAAAGGGGAAAAAGCUGUCGAGAGAAUGGCAGAGGUUUGGGAGACACACUGCAGGUGUAAUGUGGAAGGAAGUUGGAAUGUACCAGCAGAAGCUGAAAGAAUUGGAAGCCAAGCAAGAAUCCCUUCUGAGAGAAAAUGUUGAGCUGAAGGAAAUUGUGCUAAUGCUGGAUGAAGAAAGGAAUGGAGCAGGCUCCCGAAGCUCCAUAGAUAGCCAAGCUAGUCUCACCAACCUCAAUGGGGGUUCUGGAACCAGGGAUGUUGGAGAUGGGAGUAGUACAUCCAGCGCUGGCAGUGCAGGAAGUCCAGAUCACCACCAUCAUCUCCUUCACCAUCACAAAGUUGUUGAAAACAAAGCUGGAGCCAUCAGGAGAUCUAUGGAUGACCUUUCUGCUCCUCUUCACCACCGGAGCAUCCCAAAUGGUCUCAAUGAUUCAUCUUCCAACUACAUCAGACAACUUGAAACAAAAGUCAAACUGCUAGAGGAUGAUAACAAACUUCUUUCUCAGCAAUCAAGCACUGGGGAUCUGAGGACUCUUAGGAAAGGGUUAUCCCCAUACCAUUCUGAGUCUCAACUGUCUUCAUUGUCGCAGUAUCAGGAUGCCAUGCAAAAUGGUCCCUUUCGCAUGACUCCUGAUUUUGCUGCUACUCCUCAAGUUGGGUAUAUUCCUCUAAGCCAGAAACCUGAAGCAGUAGUACAUGCUAUGAAGGUCCUUGAAGUCCAUGAGAAUUUGGACAGGCAGAUACAAGAAAACUAUGAAGAAGACCUGAGUGAAAAGGAGAAAGCAAUUGUUCGUGAAAUGUGCAAUGUUGUCUGGCGAAAACUAGGUGAUGCAGCAAGCUCCAAACCAUCAAUCAGGCAACAUCUUUCAGGAAACCAGUUCAAGGGUCCUUUAUAAGCACCUCAAGCGGCAAGACUACAAGUGAAAAGAAUCUGAGGCAAAGGAACUUCCUUGCUUCCGGCUGCCAGCAUUACCCCUUCUUCCCAUUUCCUUUAACUGUGUCCAUAGUGUAAAUAAGGCAGCUAAAGGCCUAGUUUGUGGGCUGUCCUGAUCCAGAACAAUGAUACAUGAGUUAAUGACUACCCUCUUGUGGCCAAUCUCUUGUCAUUUGUAUUGUAAUGAAAUCCCCACUUUCCUGUAUGGUCAUAUAUACAUUCUUGAUUCCCAAUGAUUUCUAGGUAGAAUAUAUAUAUAUAUAU